AUGGCGACUGCGCUUGGCGGGAUCUUGUCGCCCUCCGCCUGCGUGGCUUCCUCCACCCGGAUGCCGAGCCACCAGGUUCUUCAUAGGGUCCACCAGGUCUCCGUGGCAACUGCCGCCGGCAGCCACUUCUCUGCUCGCCAGUGUUUUCCUGCCAUCGUGGCGCCCUCUCGAAGACCGCCCCCCCGGGCUGCUGCAGCUGAGUCGCUCCAGGCCGUGGGGGAGUCGGCCCCAGAACCCGUCGAAGCACAGAUUGCGUCUGUCGUCGCCAGUGAAAAGCCCAAGGGAGAAGAAGUCUUUGCCGUCAUUAUGGUCAGCAUCAAGAUAUCGUUGUGGGAGCGGGAGCUUUGAAGAAAUUAAUUCCUAUGUUUCAAUUCCAAAAUGCUCCCUCUCUCUCUCUCUCUCUCUCUCUCUCUCUCUCUCUCUCGUGGUGAUUUUUCUCUGCAUUUCUGUCGCAUGGUAAUUUUCCCCACAUCUUCUCUCCAGAUUGGGUCUCGGCAGUACAUUGUCUUUCCCGGAAGAUACAUCACCACUCAGAGGCUGAAAGGGGCCAAUGUGGACGACAAGGUUUGCAUCUCAUAGCAUUGCGGUCUACAUUUCUGGUUUUAGGGCUUAGAGUUUCUUCCCUCUCUUUAUUUGAAUGCUUUAUCGUCAUGCUUCUAUACAGCUGAUGAUUAUUAUUCAGUUAACGUAGCUGGUAUGUGGAACCCCUUGCUGUGAACUAGACUGCCUUUGGGUUUAGUCAAUGCGUUAUCCUGUGGCAGCAUAAGGGGCAGUCUUUUCUUCCAAGUUCAUCAGUCAUCGUUAUUUUCCCAAGAAAAUCUGAGUGCCGCAUCUACUUGGUGUUCGAUCAGGAACGUUAAAUCUGGCCAUCCUCGUCACUAAUUGCAGGAUGAUGUGUGCUGCUGCCAUGCGCUGAAAAUAGUCCCAUUAACCUAUCAAAAUGUAUACGCCUAUCUCUUCUAUCACCGUUUUAGAAAGGCCAUCAACAUUGCCAGGAAUCAAAUUCAUGCCAUCUUAUUUUACUUGUCGUAACGCAGUGCUUUAGGUUGUCUACAGCUCGAAUUGAAGCACGGCUAGCUUUAUUACCCAGUGAAUUUUGGGGGAGAACUGAAGAAAACUUACUUUAGCUAACUGGUAGAUCAUGAACCCUCUCACGCCUCAUAGUUUCUGUUAUUUCCCUGCUGAGGAUUUCUUCAGUUGAAAACAUUAAUAAACGAUCAGUUCAUUUAACAGUCAUUUCUUAGUGAAGAGAUUAUUUUUUGAACAGUUCAUUAAACUUUGCAGUCAUGUCAGUUUCUUAGUGAAAAUUUUCGGUUUGGCUUUCUUUACCCACCUGCAUGGAAAUAUGCUUUAAUGAUUUAGCAUCUGCUUUAUCAGAGAGCUCAUUACAACCAGUACGUUUCUAGAGAUGUCAUGCCUUGUUUACUUCAACUAUGCGUCAAUUUAUUGUCAAGAUUGUCGGCACAACUCAAAUUUAUUAUCAUUAUUAUUACCUCUUGGUAGAUUAUCUUAAACAAGGUAUUGCUGGUGGGAACCAAAAGCAAUCUAUACAUAGGAGAGCCGGUUGUUACCAAUGCGGUUGUUCACGCUGUGGUUGAGGAACAGGUAGGGGAUGAGCCCUGGAACCUUUAUCACUGUUCUAGCCUAUUCUGAGCAUCGCUUGGUUUUGAUGGUGUCCUCCCAGGGUCUGGAUCCUAAAGUCAUUGUAUUCAAGUACAAGAAGAAGAAGCAUUACAGAAGGACAGUUGGCCACCGACAGGUAUGUUUCUAAAAUCAUAAUCGGUUGGUUUCUUGUUGGUUGUCUCAUGAAUUUGAGGGGCUACACCAUUGUUCUCCUAGUCUAAAACAUGGUUGGACGGCCUGAUUCUUGCAGCCCAAUACGAGAAUCAGGAUCACAGGCAUCACUGGCUAUCAAGAUGCCCCUGCCGAACCCAUUCCUCAGUAG